AUGGUCUGGGGUCUCUCUUCUCUGCUGACCCUGCCGUCUCUGGUCUACAGACACACAACCACACACGGCUUGCUCACACAGUGUUACUCCCACUACACAACCCGCUCGCAGCACAGGGCCGUGGCGCACACACGCUUCGUCUGUGGGUUUGUGGUUCCGUUUCUCAUCAUUGUUGUGGGCGGCGCGGUGCUGGUUGUGCAGCUGCAGAGGGUGACGCUCAGGUCCUCAAAGCCCUACAGGGUCCUGGCGGCUCUGGUUUGCGGCUUCUUCUGCUGCUGGGUUCCGUACCACACGUUCAUCCUGCUGGAGGUGGACUUGGGAAGCUCGGAGAUCCUCCACGCAGGGCUGCAGUUCGGGACGACCCUCGCAGCAGCACACAGUUUGGUGUCCCCUGUGUGCUGUGUGUUUAUUGGGAGAGACUUUAAGAGGAUCCUGAAACAGUCUCUGGCGUCCAGGACGGAGGCGGCGCUGGCGGAAGACAAAAUUGUUCUCAUUUCUACGGUCAUUAUUACUAUCAUUAUCAUCACCAACACCACCUCCACCUCCAACACCCCCAUCAUCACCAACACCUCCAUCAACAACACGACCAUCAACACCCCCAUCAUCACCAACACCUCCACCAUCACCACCAACAACACCCCCAUCAUCACCACCAACACCUCCACCAUCACCAACACCUCCACCUCCACCAUUACCAACACCUCCACCAACAACACCCCCAUCAUCACCAACACCUCCACCAUCACCAACAACAACACCCCCAUCAUCACCAACACCUCCACCAUCACCAACACCUCCACCAUCACCAACACCUCCACCAUCACCAACACCUCCACCAUCACCACCAACAACACCCCCAUCAUCACCAACACCUCCACCAACACCUCCACCAUCACCACCACCUCCACCACCACCUCCACCACCAACACCACCGCAGUGACCAGCCUCCAAUGA